UAGAAGUACGCGCCUCCCCCAACCCCCCUUCUCGUUUUCCUCAAAGACCUCCGCAGAGCUCCCACGAUCAAAUCACUCAUCGUCCGCCGCCAGUCCGAUCCGAAUCCGGUGAUCAAUCAUGUCUUCUCUUGCAGCUGCCAGAGCAGAUAAUUUUUACUAUCCACCAGAAUGGACCCCAAAGCAGGGUUCGUUGAACAAGUUUCAUGGCCAACAUGCCCUGAGGGAGAGAGCAAGAAAGAUAGACCAGGGCAUUCUAAUUAUAAGAUUUGAGAUGCCAUUCAAUGUCUGGUGCGGUGGAUGCAAUUCAAUGAUUGCCAAGGGUGUAAGGUUCAAUGCUGAGAAAAAGCAAGUGGGAAACUAUUAUUCAACGAAGAUAUGGAGCUUUACCAUGAAAUCAGCAUGCUGUAGGCAUGAAAUAGUUAUUCAGACAGAUCCAAAAAACUGUGAAUAUGUCAUCAUUCAUGGGGCUCAGCGCAAGACUGAGGACUUCGACAUUGAGGAUGCAGAAACAUUUGCUCUUCCAGUAGAUGAAGAAAGAGGCAAGCUUGCAGAUCCUUUCUACCGUCUUGAGCAUCAGGAAGAAGAUCUGCGGAAGAAGAAAGAAGCUGAGCCAUUGCUGGUCCGCCUUCAGAGAGUCUCAGACAGCAGGCAUUCUGAUGACUAUAACCUUAACAGAGCUCUCCGUGCUCGUCUCAGAGGUCAGAAGAGAAAGGUUGCUGAAGAAGAGGAACAUGCAAGAAAGCUUGGCCUUGGAAUACGCCUUCUUCCCCCAUCCGAAGAAGAUGCGGCAGGUGCAGCUGCUGCAAGAUUCUCUUCAAAGUUUGAUCGGAAUAGGAGGGAAAAGCGGGCAGCAAUUAAAGCUUCCUCCAUUUUUCCAGAGUCAUCAAGCUCUGUAUCAGGGAAUAAACGUGUAGAACUCGAGUUGAAAAGGAGGAGAAUAAAAGCUGCUGGUGCAUCUGCUUUAUUGGCUGGUAGGGUCGAGCCAUCAUCAUGGCAGCUUAGCGAAAGAUCUGUGAGAAGACAGCAUGGAAUAUCAGUGGGUUCAAUCCGCAAAUAGUUAUAUGAAUGCAAUUCCAAUUUCGAGCAGAGCUGCAUGAUAACAAGAUAAGGCUGGAGAUCAUCGGCUCUGACCUGCAAAAUUGUCUGAGAAUCAGCUCGAGGAAUUUGAUUACAAUUUCAAGUAGUGCUGUGUGGUCAGUAAGUAGGGCUGGAUGAAUCCUCUCUCCAUGCAUUUGCAUUCCUCUGAUAAGGAGAACUGUAAGAUUGUAUGCAAAUGGUAAGGAAGAUAUUCAUCUGGAUUUUUUGUCGUCUGAUCUUUUUGUACAUAAUUAUUGCUAUGGUGUCUGUAUCCUGAUGACUGUAUAAUCUAAUACAACUGUCAUGAGUGCGGAGGAUGUAUGAUUGCGGUGGGGGAAGCAAUACCCGAGAUUUUAUUUGCUUUUGUAUUGAAAUGGGUGCUCUCGAGUUCUGAUUAA